CAGCAUUUUUUGGAGUUUUCUAAUUCAUGAUUUCGGUUUCUCAUGUAAACAAAAAUGUUUAUUUUCUAGUUUUCUUUUAAGUAAUUGAAAUAUUUUAAGUUAUUCUGUUAUUGUCAUCAUGAAUGACGACAUUUCUUGUCCUCGGUGUAAAACCAGUAAAUACCGUAAUCCGUCUUUAAAAUUGAUGGUCAACGUUUGUGGUCAUCCAUUAUGUGAUAAUUGUGUUGAAUUGUUGUUUGUUAAAGGUAGUUCGGCUUGUCCGAAAUGUGGUAUUACACUUCGAAAGACUAAAUUUAGACUACAAUUAUUUGAAGAUCCUCUGGUUGACAAAGAGGUAGACAUUCGAAGGUCAGUUUUACAAGACUUCAAUAAAAGUGAAAAAGAUUUCUCAAGCCUGGCAGAAUACAAUGAAUAUUUAGAGUUUGUUGAAGAUAUCAUCUACAAUUUAACAAAUAACAUAGAUGUUGAAUCAACCAAAAGAAAAAUUGAACAAUAUAGAAAAGAAAACAGUGAUGUCAUCGCUCGAAAUCGUGGAAAACUCAGUGAAAAUGACGAGGAAUUGGAAGAGCUGUUAGCUGAGGAGAGGGAAGAUAAAUUAGAAGCGCAAGUUAUACGACAACAUGAAAUUGAUCUGACUAAAACUAAAAAGAAAGCUGCCGAAGACCUGGUUGACGACCUUAUGUACUCUGAUUUACCGGCUAACCAAAUUUUGGCAAAGCAUGCUAAUGAGAAAAUGCAACUUGAACAACGAAUAACAGCUGAAGUAACGAAACCUCCAAUAAGGCGACCUCCAGCUACUUUCUCGACUGGUAUUAAAGUUGGUAAAAGCUCUUCAAACCUAUUCUUACCCGUUCCAAAGAUAGAAGAACAACAAACUUUCGUAUAUGAAGAAAAAGUUUGGGACCCUGAUGAAAUGGAAGGUCCUAAACCACCAGAAAUUGAAGAUCUUGAAGCAAGUUACCUGGAUCAUGUUAGAAAAAUAGAGCUAUCAGAAUUAGCUGGAGGAUUUAUAGGAAUUUACCCAUGUUAUCGGGCUAUUCAAGAGGCAUUCUGUGGACUCUACUAUCCAGUUGAAGAUAAAAGACAAGAUAUGUCUUUUUGAGACCUUUUGUAAGUAUAAAAUGAAUGAUUACUAGAUGUUUUAAAAGAUGAUGAAAAAUUCCAAUGCAAAAAUAACACCGAUUUUCUUUGAAUUCACCAUUUGUCUUACAAAUCAAUAACUGAUAGCAACGAAAAAGAAAACUUUAUUGUUAAAACAUUAUGUACACUUAGUAAUCAAUGAUUUUAGAAAAAAUAAUCCUUCCAUGUUAUUCGUUCAACAUUUCAUCGUUGAACUUUUUUUUAUUCAAACAAAACCAAUGGUGAAUAAAUUAAUUUGUUUGAAGAGUGAACAUCGCACAGAACAAUUUGUAUUAUCAAGCAUAAAUUAUUGUUAACUUUUUGACCAAAUCAAUUUUCGACGUGUGCAAGUGCUCAUUAAUAAAUACUGCUAAUUAUGUUGGUUAACUAUUUAAAGUUACUAAAUAUGUGUUGUUUAAAAAAACUAAAAAUAAGUCAAUUGAUAUAAAUAUUGCUUUAUUGGUCACUUGGACCGUCAAAGAUGAA